AUGCAGGCGCAUACCGCGCUGAUGGCGCUGGCGGCGCUCGGCGCGUUGGCAGCGACGGGUGCGGCGGCGGAGCGUGGCGGUGGCAUCAAAGUGGGCGGCGGCGCGACGGGGGCGGGGGGGCGGGAGGGUGCGCGGGGGAGCGGGGUGCGCCUGGGAGGUGACGGGCUGUGGCGCCCGCGCACCUCGCCGGCACCGCCAGCCCCACGCGUCCCUCCCUUUGUCACUGCCGCCCUCGUAGUGCCCUACAAGGCGUUUGGUGCACGCGACUACACGAGAGCUGAGAAGGCGGCUCUGUCCAAACUGCCGCGCAAACUCAAACUUUUUACUCAAGUGCGCCUAAACGUUACGCUUUCGAUGCAAGGCCUUACGCCUAGUCCUAUGUCUAUCUUGGACUCGCUAUGUAAAGAAUUUUUAGCAGUUAAUGUAUCUGCUAUACUUUAUCUUAUGAAUCAUGAACAAUAUGGGCGAUCAACUGCCUCCGCACAGUAUUUUUUACAACUUGCUGGGUACCUCGGGAUACCGGUAAUAGCAUGGAAUGCAGAUAACAGUGGUUUAGAAAAACACGCUUCUCAUGCGUCACUACGACUCCAGUUAGCGCCAACAAUCGAACAUCAGACGGCAGCAAUGUUAUCAAUAUUGGAGAGGUAUAAAUGGCAUCAGUUCAGCGUCGUAACUUCUGCUAUCGCAGGCCACGACGAUUUCAUACAAGCUGUGAGGGAAAGAGUGACGGCUUUACAAGAUCGGUUCAAGUUCACAAUAUUGAACGCCAUAGUAGUGAAGAAAGCGGCAGAUUUAAACGAGCUGGUAACGAGCGAAGCGCGAGUAAUGCUCUUAUAUGCCACUCGAGAGGAAGCUGCAGACAUACUGUCCUCAGCAGGAGAUCUACACCUCACUGGAGAAAACUUCGUUUGGAUUGUUACACAGAGUGUACUUGGCUCUAUGCAACAACCAAAUAAAUUUCCCGUUGGAAUGUUAGGUGUGCAUUUCGACACAUCGAGUGCGUCAAUUAUAUCUGAGAUAGCGACAGCGGUUAAAGUGUUUGCUUACGGUGUAGAAUCCUAUAUAUCUGAUCAAGAAAAUAUUCGCUAUCCACUCGGUACUAGGCUGUCGUGUAGCGGAGUUGGUACUGGGGAAGCACGUUGGUCCACCGGAGAGAGGUUCUACAGACAUCUACGUAAUGUUAGCGUGGAAGGUGAAUCUGGCAGACCGGGUAUUGAAUUCACACCUGACGGAGAAUUAAGAGCGGCUGAACUCAAAAUAAUGAAUUUAAGACCUACCCUCGGUGAUCAGCUGGUUUGGGAGGAAAUUGGAAUGUGGAAUUCAUAUCCAAAAGAGCGUUUAGCAAUCAAAGACAUAAUAUGGCCUGGUGGAUUACAUACCCCACCUCAAGGUGUACCGGAAAAAUUUCAUAUGCGGAUUACAUUUCUUGAAGAACCGCCGUAUAUAAAUCUCGCUCCGCCAGAUCCUGUCAGCGGUAGAUGUUCCUUAGACCGUGGCGUCAUUUGCCGAGUGGCUCCUGAAGUAGAAGUUGCAGGGUUAGAAGCGGGAACUGCAUAUAGGAACAGUUCUCUCUACCAGUGCUGUAGCGGAUUUUGUAUAGAUCUUUUACAACAACUGGCAGAGCAUUUAGGAUUUACAUACGAGCUAGUUCGCGUAGAAGAUGGAAGAUGGGGAACAUUGCACCAAGGAAAAUGGAAUGGACUUAUUUCAGAACUUGUAAACAAGAAAACUGACAUGGUUUUAACAUCACUUAUCAUAAAUUCGGAUCGGGAAGCAGUCGUAGACUUCAGCGUACCAUUUAUGGAAACUGGCGUGGCUAUAGUUGUGGCAAAACGAACUGGCAUAAUAUCUCCUACAGCUUUUCUCGAGCCUUUCGAUACAGCUUCUUGGAUGCUGGUGGGCGCAGUAGCUAUACAAGCGGCGACAUUUUCAAUAUUUUUCUUCGAGUGGCUGUCUCCUAGUGGAUUUGAUUGUUCGACAGGCCACAAUUCAAAUCGGAUACCGCAGAACAGAUUUUCACUGUGUCGGACGUAUUGGAUUGUGUGGGCGGUUCUAUUCCAGGCAUCAGUACACGUAGAUUCACCGCGAGGUUUUACAGCACGUUUCAUGACGAACAUGUGGGCUAUGUUUGCCGUAGUCUUCCUUGCGAUAUACACGGCCAACCUGGCGGCUUUCAUGAUUACGCGUGAAGAGUUUCACGAACUCAGUGGAUUGGACGACCCACGAAUUGCUCGCCCCCUAUCACAUCGCCCCGCGCUCAAAUUCGGUACCGUGCCUUGGUCACAUACCGACGCCACACUCGCCAAAUAUUUCUACGAACCACAUGCCUAUAUGGCUCCAUACAAUCGUAGCACAGUGAGCGCCGGAGUCACCAGCGUCCUAACGGGAGAACUAGACGCUUUUAUCUACGAUGGAACUGUUCUGGAUUACCUGGUAUCACAAGAUGAGGACUGCCGAUUGUUAACAGUAGGCUCGUGGUACGCGAUGUCUGGCUAUGGAUUAGCGUUUACACGAAAUUCCAAAUACCUAAGCAUGUUUAAUAAGAGAUUACUUGAUUUACGCUCCAAUGGAGACCUAGAGCGGUUGCGAAGGUACUGGAUGACGGGCACAUGCAAGCCUAACAAACAAGAGCACAAGUCUUCAGACCCGCUCGCGUUGGAGCAGUUCUUGUCGGCAUUCUUGCUGUUGAUGGCGGGCAUUCUGCUGGCGGCUCUUCUCUUGCUGCUCGAGCACGUGUACUUUCGGUAUAUGCGAGAACACCUGGCAGCCUCUAAUGCCAGUUCGUGUUGUGCUCUCGUGUCUCUUUCAAUGGGACAAUCACUAACAUUUCAUGGCGCAGUCGUAGAGGCGUCGGCGCGGGGCUUGAGCCGAGGGCCCUGUCGCUCUGCCAUUUGUGCAGCAGAGAUAUGGCGCGUGCGGCACGAGCGCGACGCGGCGGUGGCGCGCGCGCGGCAGCUGGCGGCGGCGCUGGCGGCGCACGGGCUGCAGGCGCCGCCGCGCCGCCUGGCAUCGGCCGCAGCGCUGGCCACGCGCGCGCACGACGCCACGCGCCCGCGCACGCUGUGUGCGCCCGCCGACCUGCUGCCCGAUCUCGACCGCCCGCUCUCUUGCGGGGAUCUACGCGCCAGGGAGCGGACGCGUGUAGAAAUGGAAACAGUGCUG